UAUGUCUAGGCCCAAAACUGCUGUCUAUGUAGGUAGCUCGCUAGGUUUUGAGACACGGCCUGUAUGUGAGAGACUCUUGGGAGGAUGGUUAAGUAAUAUCCGCAGGAUUAAACCGGGGAGAGUUGUUUCCUGAACUCUUGGUGCGGUUUGUUGAAGGCCAGCCCUGUUGCAGCUCAGACAGGAAAAGGAAGACGGAAGUAGGGGAAGGGAAGAACAUCGAAAUGAAAGGAAAAUAUCGAGACAAAUGACGUUCAACCAUGGAAGUGUCGGAGACGCCAGCAUCGCGCAACGAGGAUAACGUAGAAGAUCUGCAGACCCAGAUAAUCGAGUGCCGAGCCCAGCUGGAACACUGGCAGGGUGUGGCUAGGAUCUGUGAGUUUAGCAAACAGGAGGAGCUGCAGGAACUGCAAAAACAAUUUGACCAGGAGGUUCAGUCAUUGCAGGAGGCUCUGAGAGAAACAGCUGCUCAGUAUGAGGCCAGAAUAUCUGCUCUUCAGUCAGAGCGAGCGCAGUGGAGGAGAGCCGCUCUGCCCCAUGACGGCAAGAGAUAUGUUAAAAAGGGCAAGGUGGAGGGUACCUCUCCUCCCACUGAGGGACCACAGGGCAACUCUUCUCCCCCGCGGGGGGCUGAAUCUGAGGGCUCCGGGUCAGACUCUGAUCCACUGGAAUUGUUGGCAGAGGUGUCAGAUUCAGAGACCACAGGCCUUAUGAUGGACUACUUCCCCCAGCACUGCGACUCUGUCUCACUCUCAUCCUUCUCUUUGGACACCCCCUCUUUGCCCAGGCAUCUACCCCCUCAGGAUGACACUGCCUCCCUGAUUUCUACAAGAACGCUGGUGCCUGAAGCGAUUUACCUGCCACCACCCAGCCACAGACUGGUCAGUCAUGCCGACUGGAACCAACUGCAAGCACAGCUUAAAGAGUUUCAGGAGGAGGUGACAGAGCUUAGAAAGCAGAAAGCUGAGCUGGAGAAAGAAUUGGAUGUGCAAUCCACAGAGACUCAAAAACAGUUGUCAGUGCUUCAGUCUCAGGUGCACACAUCUGAGGCCCUUCUUCAAGACCUACAGAAAUCUUUUAGCCAAUCUCAGAGUGCCGUUCAGAGCAGAUUGGCAGAACUGUCUUACUCUCAAAAGAGAGUUUGUAAUGAACUCUCGAAGUUGAAAGGUGAAGACCCUGAGGUGGAUGAAGGAACAGAAGAUGCCCUUGCACCCCUCAGUCCAACACUACAGGCAGCUCACUGUGAAGAGAGACUUCGUAUUGAAAUAGUGAACCUACAGGAGCAGCUGGAGACACACACAGAAGAGAGCGAGAUUUUAGAAGUCAAGCUUGCCAGCCUGAAAGUAGAGACGGACCGCAUACAGAACCAAAAAGAAAAGUUGGAGGCUAGGCUGCAUGAGUGUCGUACAGAGGUGCAGGGCCUUCGGGUGGCACUCUCUCACCUUCAGAAAGAGAACAAAGCACACCUCCAGGAGAAGACGCAGUUACAGCAGCAGUGUUUAGAGUUGCGUAGUCAGGUGAUCAGUCUGCGCACUCAGCUAGACACUAGUCAGGCUGUACAGAAGGAUUUUGUGCAGCUGUCGCAGUCACUGCAGGUGAAAUUGGAGCAGAUUCGGCAGGCGGAAUCAUUGAACCAAGUCAAGCAAAUUCUAGGGGAGGAGAUUGAAGAUGACCCUGAUUCACCUGCAGAUGCCACAUGAAACAGUAGAAGAACAGGUGACUUUUUGAAGACCAAAGUGAAGAGACUGGUGGGCAGAGAGGUGGUCCUCAGAAAGGACUAAGCUGAGGUGGACUGCCCACAUAAAAAAAAUAUACAUUGAACUGAAGAAGUAAACGUCCUGCUUUAUGGGUCUUAAAUGCUUCUAAUAAACUCAAAACAUUCAGGCUAAAUUUGAUUCCUUUUGAAUGUGGACCAAGACUGCUAAUACUUGAAUUUUGUAAAAUGCUAAUACACUGACUACUGUCUACACUAGACUUAAUGUUACUGCAGUGUAAUUGUUCUCUCCCUGGUAUAACGUUGGCUGAAUCCUUGUAAACUAAUGCACAUUGACUGGUAUACAUUACUCAUAAGUAAAUGACACCAGCCAAUUAAAAAGCUAUACUAUAAAGCAAUACUAUAAUGAUUUGGGCAUUACAUUUAUGGCCAAAAUGACUUUGCUGUAAAGAUCCAUGAUUUCAUUAUGAAGUAACUGGUGCCUGAGGCCAGUUAGUGGUGAAAGAUCAUUAUUAUGUUAAUGAUAUAAUAAACCCCUAAAUGUGUUUGAAUGGGGCUAAUAAAUGUUUUAAAUUCA